AUGUGAUCGCCUGUGGUCGAAUAUGAUUGGAUGAAACCGAUCAUUUUGAAAUACGACGUUUAAGUUCUAGGCGGCGGUACCGGGAAGCUUGUUGAGUAAACAAGACCGUAGUUAAACGAGAAACAUGAUGAAGGGAAGAACCGCCCGCAGACCUCAGAAGAAGCAGAGCAGCAACGAGAGAGAUCCAGUGGGGGUGUACUGCCGAGUGCGACCUCUAGGUGCGGAUGAUAAGGAAUGCUGUGUUGAGGUGAUCUCGAGCUCCACCGUUCAGCUGCAUACGCCCGACGGGCUCAAGGUCAAUCGUAAUGGAGAGUUCAAAGAGACACAAUACUCUUUUAAGAAAGUGUAUGGCAUUCAAACAUCCCAGAUGGAACUGUUUGAAGACGUGGCAAAACCUCUUGUGGAUGACCUGGUCCGUGGCAAAAAUGGGCUGCUAUUUACAUACGGAGUUACAGGAAGUGGCAAAACCUUCACGAUGACUGGCUCCCCAGGCCAGGGGGGUCUUUUGCCCCGGUCCCUUGACAUGAUCUUCAACAGUAUCGGCCCCUACCAGGCAAAACGAUUUGUUUUUAAGACGGAUGAUAAGAAUGGCCUGGAUGUACAGAGUCAAAUCGAUGCAUUGUUGGAACGCCAAAGGCAGGACAACAUUCCCUCUGCUCCCAAAACACCCUCAUCCAGGCAGAAGUUGGACCCUGAGUUUCGGGACAUGAUGAACCCAGAGGAAGCCUGCAGGUCAGAGGGGGUGGACGAGGACAGCAGCUAUGGCGUAUUUGUCUCCUACAUCGAAAUCUACAACAACUACAUCUUCGAUCUGCUCGAGGAAACGCCCUACGACCCAAUCAGACCAAAGUGGAAUGGAGGUACCCCCAACACUGACUUCAUACCACCGCAGUCCAAAAUCCUCAGAGAGGACCAGAACCACAACAUGUAUGUUGCUGGAUGCACAGAAGUGGAGGUCAAAACUACCGAGGAGGCCUUUGAGGUGUUCUGGAGAGGUCAGAAGAAGAGGCGGAUCGCCAACACCCAGCUGAACAAAGAGUCCAGCCGCUCCCACAGUGUCUUCAUCAUCAAACUGGCCCAGGCGCCCCUGGACGCAGACGGGGACAACAUCCUUCAGGAUAAGAGCCAGGUGGCGGUGAGCCAGCUGUGCCUGGUGGACCUGGCGGGCAGCGAGCGCACUAGCAGGACCCGGGCCGAUGGCAACCGCCUCCGCGAAGCCGGUAACAUCAACCAGUCCUUGAUGACUCUGAGGACGUGUAUUGAAGUCUUGCGGGAGAACCAGAUGUGCGGCACAAACAAGAUGGUUCCCUAUAGGGACUCUAAAGUCACCCACCUCUUCAAAAACUACUUUGAUGGGGAAGGCAAAGUGAGAAUGAUCGUGUGCAUCAAUCCGAAGGCGGAAGACUUUGAGGAAACCAUGCUGGUGAUGCGCUUUGCGGAGAUGACCCAGGAAGUGGAAGUGGCGCGGCCGGCCGACAGGCCAGUGUGUGGCUUCGCUGCAGGCCGGCGACAGAGGAACCAGGCCUCUAAAGACGACCCCGCCCGCAGGGUCGAUGAGCGGGGCCCAGCAGACCGAGACUUCACCACCACCCUGGGCCAACUGCUGCACAGCAUGCCCCCGCUGCCCUGCUGUGAGCUGACGGACCCACACGACGACACCACCCUGCCCCGGGUCAUCGAGGCGCUGGAGAAGAGGCAGCGGAUCAGGCAGAUGAUCAUCGACCAGUACAAACAAGCAGCCAACGUGAUGAGGUCCUCGCUCAAGGAGCUGGACGGCAGCCUCUUCAACAAGGAGGACUUCAUCAACAAGCAGAAUGGGAAGCUGGCGGAGAAGGACCGGCAGAUUCAGAGCCAGAGGGCCGACAUGGAGCGCUUGGAAAAGAAGACCAAGAUGCAAGAGUACAAGAUCGAGGUGCUGCAGAAGACCACCAACAUCUACGAGGUGGACAAGCGGUCCCUGCAGCAGGAGCUGGAGACGCGGGAGUCGCGGCUGAAGAGGGAGCACGUGGACAAGAAGCGGAUGGAGCAGCGGAUGCAGGGCAUGGUGUCGGACACACAGCACAAGUGGGAGAAGGAAUGCGAGCGCCGUGUCAACGCCAAGCAGCUGGAGAUGCAGAACAAGCUGUGGGUGAAGAACGAGAAGCUGAAGCAGCUCAAGGCCAUCGUCACAGAGACCAAGGGGCCCGCGGCCCCGCCCACCGACACCCCCCAGCGGCAGGCCCGUCCUCAGCGGCCCCACCGCGAGGAGCGCCUUCCCGCCAAGAGAUCUGCGUCGCCCUCACCGAUGCCCACCCCCCACCACCACAGCCAGGUGGAAGCCCCCCAGGUCAGGCCAGCGACAAGGUCAGCGGUGAGGUACCAGACUAGGCAACAGACUAGGCGGCAGACUAGGCCUCCCUCCCCGACCAGCGGCUCCACUGAGCCCUGGUCCUCCUGUGGCUCUGCGUGGGGGUCGGGUGCGGCCCCGGUUCCCUCUGAGGACCCCCCAGCGGGCAGGCCGGCCAGGUGCUGUGAUCGGGAGGCAGUGGAGGAGGCCGGCUCACGCUCGCCCCCCUCGCCGUGUACGGUGGCUCAAGAGGGAGCUUGCUGGACCACCACGCCUGUGCGUGCGCUUCACCGGAGGUCGCGCUCCGCUGGCGGGGAGAAGUGGGUGGACCACAAGCCGGCCUCCAGCGUGGACCUGGGCACCAUGCUGCAGCCCAGCAUCCCCAACUCCAUCAAGGUCUCGGCCGCCAGCGAGAAGGUCCUGUCCAAGUGUGACCGCUACGUCCUGACCCACCAGGAGGUGGCCUCCGACGGGGAGAUCCAGACUAAACUCAUCAAGGGCGAGGUUAUUAAGACCCGAGGGGGCGGUCAGUCGGUCCAGUUCACCGACAUCGAGACGCUGAGGCAGCAGCUCACCACGGCGCCCAGCCGCAAGAGGAGGUCCUCCGAGGGAAGUCCUCAGAGUUCAGACCAGGGCGGGCAGUGGACCGAUGUAGAGACGAGGUGUGCUGUUGGCGUGGAGAUGAGGGCCGGCUCCAACAUGGGGCCCGGUUAUGAGCACCGAGGAUUUGUCAAACGGAGAAAGCCCUGAAGUGGAACUCCUCGACCUGCUGACCCUCUCCUGUCUCAGAAGUGCAAUAGUGGAACUCCUUACCUUUUUUUAGCUCUUGUAUUCUUAUCUGUAUGAUUACUAUGUUUUUUAUUUGCAACUGUAUGUUGGUCUGUAUACCAAAGUGUGAAGAAAAAAUGUUAUUUAAAAUGUUACUCAAUCGAUGUGGCUAAAAUAUAAGUCAUGUUUUUUUUAUAUAUUUCACUUUAUCAACUCUUUCUUUCUUGGCACAUAGGAAUUAAGUAGAUUUUUAUCACGACAGACCUGGUAUAAAUGGUCUUUGUAUAUGUUUUUCUUUUCUACGACUUUUUUUUAUAUCAGCUAUUUGUACAACCAGCAGGCUGACUUUGCAUUGCCAUGUUGCAGCGGAUAAAGGUGUUUUCAUCCUAGAAAAAAGA